CAGCAGGUGUCGGGUGGUUGAUUCAGCCUGACGCCCGGAGACCCACACGGAGGCCCGGCCAGAGGGCUCUAGGCACCAGGCGUCCAGACCCGGGGACCGGACGGGACCCGCACUGCCUCCCGACCCAGACUUUCUCCCAACAAGUGGUCGAAGUCGUCUGAGCCGAUGGCCGAGGACUCGCAGAGGACUCGAAGGAAUAGCAGUCAUACUGGUCAGCUCCCAGCGUCCACCAGUAGAAGGCUGUGGCUGUACUGGUCAGCUCCCAGUGUCCACCAGUAGACUGUGGCUGUACUGGUCAGCUCCCAGUGUCCACCAGUAGACUGUGGCUGUACUGGUCAGCUCCCAGGGUCCACCAGUAGACUGUGGCUGUACUGGUCAGCUCCCAGCGUCCACCAGUAGAAGGCUGUGGCUGUACUGGUCAGCUCCCAGUGUCCACCAGUAGAAGGCUGAGGUUGACAUCGCCCCCUGCUGGAGGUGGGGGGGUGGGGGGGGCAUGGGUACCCGGACCCCCGCCGCACACCACCCGCGGUUACCAUGGAAACGGUCUGUCGCCCUGGUCCUGCUGCUGGUGCAGCUGUGCUAUGUACAAGUGGCGUCUCCCUGCAACAUCCUGCGCUGCAACUCGGACUUCGUGGCGGCGACCUUUGACCUGGGGAGCAGCGGCCUCGGCGGGGGCGGGGCCGGGCCGAGUGGGGGGGCGGGGCCGAGUGGGGGGGCGGGGCCGGGCUGGGGGGCGGUGAACGCCCGCUACUGCGGCGCGCUGCGCUCCUACGCCUCCUGCACGGCCCGCACCGCCCGCAGCUGCCGUGGCGACCUCACCUACCACGCCGCCGCGCAGGGCAUCCAGGACCUGCUGGAGCAGCACGCCUGCCCGGGGGCGGGGCCCACCGCCCGGCCACGCCCCCCGCCCCCGGCGCCACGCCCCCCGGCCGGCGACGCCUGCGUCUACGAGGAGGGCUUCCCGGAGCGGGGGGGCCGGGCCCCGCGCUACGUGCACUGCGGCGUGUUCGGAGACCCCCACGUUCGCACCUUCGGGGACGACUUCCAGAGCUGCGCCGUGCGGGGGGCGUGGCCCGCCAUCGACAACGAGUACCUGUACGUGCAGGUGACCAGCUCGCCCGUGAGGGGCGGGGCCAACGGACGCUACACCGCCCUCACCAAGGUGACGGUGAUCCUCAAGAGCUGGGCCCCGUGCACGGAGCAGCUGCUCUACACGGCCGAGCUGGACAACGUCCCGGCCGCCUUCGCCGACGGCUCCGUGUCGGCGGGCCGGGGGGGGCGGGGGGGCCGCGGCCCGCUCAUCUCCUCCACGGACCCCGGCCGGCACGCCGCCAUCCACGCGGCGCACAUCGGCACGCUGGUGGUGGUGCGGCAGAGCGGCCGCUCGCUGGGGCUCUCCGUCCGCACGCCGCGCGCCGUCGCCCGCGCCUUCGCCCCCGAGCGGGACCUCCAGCUGUGCGUGUGGGGGUGCCCCCCGUCCCAGCAGCUGCCCCCCCCGGCGGCGGCGGGCCGGGGGGCGGCGGCGGCGGCGGCCCACUGCUCCGCCCUGCUCCCGGUGCGGGACGUGUACCAGCAGGCCUGCGUGGCCGACCUCCUGGCCAGCGGGGAGCUCAACGCCAGCCGGGCGGCCGUGGCGGCGCUGGCCGACGCCAGGGGCAUGCUGGGAGGGGAGGCCCGGCUGCACCUGCCGCCCCCCCGCCCCGCCGCCACGCCCCCCCCGGUGCCCGCGGAGGCCGGCCCGCUUGUGGGCGUGGCCCUGGUCCGGCUUGGGCUCCUGGUCCUGGGAGUCCGAGCGGUCCUAUAGGGCUGCAUGCGGGUUGCAAGACUUUUACCCACAAUGCAUCAUAGAAGCCUGAGGUGUCCAGUGGAGGCGGGGGGGCAUGAGGCCACAUCCCAGGAACCACAAAGUCCUGAACAGAAGGACCUCAUUAGGACUGUAGCAGGACUCCAGCAGGACUGUAGCAGGACUCUAACAGGACUGUAGCAGGACUGUAGCAGGACUGUAGCAGGACUCUAAUGCCGCUUUUCCACUGCAUGGUACCAGCUCGACACGACUCGACUCGACUCGACUCAGCUCGCCUUUUUUGCGUUUCCACCGCGAAAACAUGGUAUCUGGUACCUGAAGUGGCUGCUUUUUCUAGUACCGCCUCGCUGUAGGUUCCAAGCGGCUGAGCCGAUGCUAAAAGGUGACGUCGGCAGACGGCCGGCCACUGAUUGGCCAGAGAG